UCUAGAGCGUCCCUGCAUGGACCACAUGCAAUUCCUAAUGGUGCGGGCUCACGACGCCGACGAGACAAUCAGCGGCCACGCGCUGAUGGCGACUGCGCCGCCCGAACAUCAUAUUGCGCACCACCCGCAAGAAAACUAUCCGCAUCAGAUGCCGGAUAUCGCGAUGCCGGACUUAAUGAAGCUGCUGGACCUCAGCAACCGUCUUCCCCUCGAUGGAGAGAUCACGCCUAUCAUGGCCUGGGCGAUGAUCUUGCAGGACCAGAAGUUCAAGGAGCUCUCCAAGGAGGACGUGCAACAAAUCAAGGGCGAGCUCCUUGCCAAAGUUAGAUGCUAUGGCUUUGGCGCCGUCCUCGAGGAGUUUGAGGUUCGGGAUGCGUUGAUGACCGUCCUCGCUGGGAAGGGCAAUGGUAAUUAUACGUCGACGAAUACGACGAUGGCACAAUGAAUCGCCGGAACAGCUACUUGGACGCAAUGGCGAGGGAGCUGGAGAG